GAUUGCUUCAGGCCCAAUUCCGUUGCGGUGAUCAUGCUUUUUUCUAGGUUAGAUAACUCUCCCGCGGCAGUGACAUGGGCAAAGGGGUGCCUAACAACGCAUCGAAUCGGUCUACCAUCGACCAGAUGCCCUCAACCACGGUUUUAGAGACACGAUCCACUGUUUCGGCUGUCAGCACUUCACAUCAGGCGGAGCCUACUGGCUCCCGGCCAACACCUUCUGAAGACCUGCCUCGGCUACAAUUCGAAUACAGAUGGUGGGCGGUAGCGCUCUACAUCAUCUUCCUCAUGUUUUGUAAUCUAUUGUUCCCUUGCCUGGUUUUCUAUCUCAUUCGAAUAUAUGGAAAGAAGAUUACCUUGCGGACAAACAUUGGCAUCUCUUCAGCCUCGUUGGGCCUCUCCUCAUGCUUUGAUGCUCCUUUCCGUCUGUACAAACUCGUCCGGUUUAGACAGCGCUAUGGACCGUUAAACGACGAUGUGUUUUGGCACGCAGAUUUUUUCAUGUGGGCAUACACAAUCUGCCUGUUCACUUUUGCUUUCCCGCUGGCUAUCGCCCCGGCCCUCAAUCCAAUCGCUCUAGAUUUCUUCCUCAUGUCCACAACACUCCUCAUAACUCCUUUCGGUGUGCUCCUCCUCGCCACCCUCAUCCCAUUCCGUUCUGGUGUCCCCUUCUGGCUAUCCUCUGACCCACCCUACACGACGCCCAUUAAACCAGGAAUCCUUUACGUCACAGAAGACAUAGGGGCAGUAGACUUCACCCUGGGUAGAACUUACCGUACCCAAAUUCACGCUCGCUAUGCCUCAAGUCCACCUUUCCGUCGAUUAAUGUACAUCCUUACAUGGUACUUCGGUAUAGCAUGUCUACUGUUCAUGGGAAUAACAGCUGCUGUCGUAUGGGGCGCCAAGGGCGGAGACGAUAAACCAAGGUUCGGAGGAAGUGGAUCUCAGGAGGAGGAUUUGAAUUUUAGGUUCGGGUGGGUGCUCGGGCAGGUGUUUUUGUGGGUAGGGGCGGUUGGAUUAGGGUGUUGGGGGAUUGUGAGGUGGGGAUUGAAGAAGGAGCAAGAGUGGUGGGAUAGGAGGGGGUUGGUAGAGAAGGAGAAGUCGGGUGGGGAAGGGAGUUGAAGUGACGUAGUUGAUGCCUGGUUCGUGCAUAUUGCUCCCCUUUUAGCAUUUUGCGUCGAGUUUCUUCAUGACAUUUCUUGUGGCAUGGCGUAGCAUGGGAUAUUCUCUUUCCGCAUACUGCUGGCUUUGUCCUUCUGGAAUUCUUUGGAUUUUACUAUCGUGGCGAGAUCUGUGUAUCGCAUUAUGAUACAGUGCGCAUUGAGGACAAGGAUAAUUGAGCCGAAGGAACACGUAUGGGAACUAGGGAAAACGAUGCAAA